UGUGUAGGAACCUUUUUAAGCGGAACGUAGAUCGUGUGUCCCGUUUUCCGGAGGUCGACGGAGCUUUUGUGCUACACUAUUUUGCAUCCGUGUGGAAAACAAUCACUAAUAUUGCAGUUAGAGGUGUUCGGAGAUUAAACUUCUUAAAAUUAAAAUUAUUUUUUUAGAUGUCAGUGUUGUAAAGUGUCUUUUAUCUGAUGCUGCACUUUUCUCAUCGUUUAUUAGCUGCAGCGGGGAAAAGCAGCAAACGUUAUGCGGCUAACUCCACUAGCAAUAACGCUAGCUAGACAGGCAGCUGCAGUCCAUAAACAUGUUGGGACUUUUAAAGCCCAGAACUUGUUAUGUUAAAGAAUUUCUCAAAGCGUUUAGACAAACAAACAGACUUAGAAAGCUCUCAGUCAGCUGUCAGCCUGAUGAGUAUAUCCGCAGAUUUAUUUUAGACAACACGGAGGUGUCUGGACAGCAGAGCCUGACCCCAGAGGUCAAACUCAGACUGUUUACCCCGAACUGCAGAUUUUGGAGAGAAAGACCGGAACUCUGGCCCUUUGAUGAUCCGUUCUGGGCCAUAUAUUGGCCAGGAGGACAGGCACUCUCGAGGUAUCUCCUGGAUAACCCUGCAGUGUGUCGGGGUAGGACGGUCCUGGAUCUGGGGAGCGGCUGUGGAGCCUCAGCCAUCGCUGCAAAACUCUGUGGGGCUGCUCGGGUAGUUGCUAAUGACAUUGACACUGUCGCUGCCAUUGCUGCCCACAUGAACUUUGAGCUAAAUGGUUUGGAGCCGCCUGUUUGUCUCACUAACAACAUUAUCGGAUCACAAACGGAGGGCUUUGACCUGAUCCUCCUCGGGGACAUGUUCUAUGACGAGGCCCUCGCCACCAGCCUUCACAGCUGGCUGGACCGCUGCAUCAGAACCCACGGCACCACCGUCCUGAUCGGUGAUCCUGGAAGAGCCCAGUUUGAGGAGCACGGCAUCCGACGACUCCUGCUGCAGCUGGCUCAGUUUGAGCUGCCGGAGUCUGUCAGAGAGGAGAACCACGGUCUGACCUGCAGCGGUGUUUGGUGCUACCGUCCUGAACUCUGAGGACCUCAGAGGUGAAAAGUAUUGUGAGAAGGCCUAACUGUCCUUUCUCUGAACUCAUAUGCAGAGAAAUGUGUGAGUGUUUUACGACAGAAAUUGCCACCAUCAAAAGGACCGCCUGUGUUUUCUUGUGUGAAUCAAACAUAGACUGUAUAUAAAUAAUGGACGUAGUCACCGUGACGUCACCCAUUGGUUUGUGGACUGCCUGUUGGAAGCCUCGAGUUCAGCGUUAUACUUGUCGCCAUCUUGCGUCGCCAUCUUGUUUCCGAUACGCGGAGCAGACCAUAUCUGGACUGUGGAGGAGGAGAGGGAUCUGACGACACUGAUUACAGCCUCUCUACACCUCAACCUGACUGAGAGAAGCCGCUGCUAAUUCAUGUUAGCAUUAAUUGGAGCAUUAACUGGGAUGUUAGUUUUGGCUAGCAAAAAACAAAAACAAAAUGUAUCUUUCUUACCUCAGGAGUGUCUGUUAGUCCAACCAAACGCUGAAGACAUUUUUACUGAACAAAAUGUUCAAAUAAACUGUCAUUAAGUGAACAUACAGUGUGAAAGGCUAAAAGUUUUGAGACCAAAUCGGUAAACGUCCUCUUUUAUAUCUAUAUAACGUUAUAUAUAACUUUAUUGACACGUUGCCGUGGAUACGCAUUGCUCUGCUUCUCUCCUGGUGACGGCUCGCCUUGUCAGUGACCUGUCAAUCAAAGGUAGCCACGCCCCAAAUCAUACGAUUCUUUAUCUUCUAUUUUCUUCUAAAUGGGGCCAUUAUUAGAACUAUUGACAUCAAAUUGUCUUGAAGAUGAUUUUUUACUAGCGAUUGAGACCAUAGUGUUGUUCUGAACAUUUUUUCUGAGGUAAUAAAUCAAGUCAGAAGUUUUCAAAUUUUGCACUGAAAUGAAUGGGCAGAUUUUUUCUGCAGCCAAACUUAGCACACCCUGCUGGAAUUUUUGGUGGAUUGCAGGCUUAAGGCACUUCCUGGUUGGCCUCCAUGCUCAGACACGGAGAUUGCCGCCUGGAAUCAACGAGUCACAGGUCAUCAAAACACUGUGAGUUCAUGUGAAAGUUUUCUACACUCAGGAUCAAUUGUCACUUCUCCUGUCACCAUCUCUCAAAGAUAAUCAACAUGAUAAAUCAAAAUCUUUAUAUGUGGAUGUUUAACUUCUUGUACUAUUGCUUUGUAGAUAAAAAAUAUAAUUUACAUUCAGAAUUAAACCACUUUUCUUUGUCUUUUUCAAAUGUAUUUAAUGCACAAUAAAUAUUGAAG